UGGUCAGACUAUACGAUUUUUUUGUCGCUCACGAUUGUCGUUUACGAUCUACCAUGUCACACUAUACGAUUUUAGAACCAUGAAAACCUCUCCGCGUCUUGGUCGGUAGAGUGGCCACAUACACCGAUCCAUCGGUCACGUCGCAUGUUGUCAUAGAAGCAGCUGUCAACAAAAGGCCGGGCGAUCACAAUGGAUACAGACGCGCUUUGUGUCGUACUUGCUGUCUUCUGUGCGGAGAAGGAGAAGAAAAAGAAGAAGAAACGAGUGUGGACUCGCUCAUGGGUAUCACGAAGAGGAGAAUACGGGAUGUCUGUCCUUCAAAAAGAACUGGAGGUAUGUUUUAGCCUUUAUCAAGAACCCUUACUGCUAGCUGUUAACUUGACGUUAACACCCAGGCUCGCGACGAAAAGUUUUCAAAGUAGCUACUUAACGUUACUAUUUGUCGAGUAGGCCUAGCCUAGGCUACAUAAAGAUAUACUGUAGCGAUGUCUAAUGUCUAUCCCGGCAAUAACAAGAUUAAGUCAGUUAAACAUGUUAUGUAUAGCAGGCGCUUUUAUCCAAAGUAUCCACGAGUUAGUGGUGUUAAUGGCGUAAUAGCCCACCAUAAACUAUGAUUAGUCUACAUCAUAAGUGGGCAUCAACGUCUAUACAGCCAUAGGAUCAAGGACAGGUAGCAAAGAAUCUGCCGGACAUGUUCGCUCAUGUGCAGCCCCUUAACGUACACAAGGCCUACAUGUACAUUAAACAUAAAGCCUGUACUUGUAAUUAAAAUCGAAAAUCCCUAUUCAGUAAAACAUGUUGAAAUAUGUUUCCUUUUAUUUGUAGGAGACUGACAGAAGGGGGUUCCGUGAGCUUCUCAGGAUGGAUGUGGAUGACUUCAAUUUCCUCCUCGACAAGGUCCAACCUCUUAUCCAGAGGCAGGAUACAACGCUGAGGAAGGCCAUCACUGCCAGACAGCGGCUGUCUGUUACUCUGCGAUUCCUUGCAACCGGUGAGUCAUUUAGGUCUCUGUGCUUCCAGUACCGCAUUGGAAGAUCAACAAUUGGCCAGAUUGUGACGGAGACCUGUGAGGCGUUAUGUGUGGUCUUGAAGGAUCACCUGAAGACACCAACAACAGAGGCGGGUUGGCGAGAAGUGGCAAGGGGAUUUCAAGAUAGGUGUCAAUUUCCCCAUUGCCUUGGUGCAAUCGACGGAAAGCACGUCUAUAUCCAACCCCCUGCUAACUCUGGAAGCCUUUUUUACAAUUAUAAAGGCAGAUUUUCUGUGGUGCUUAUGGCAGUAGUUGAUGCCAACUACAAAUUUGUGUAUGCCAGUGUUGGUACUCAGGGACGAAUGUCUGACGCAAGUCUGUUUGGUCAAUCAGACCUCCGCAGAGCCAUGGACAGAGGCCUACUAAAUGUUCCUAAACCUGAGCCACUUCCAAACUCCAACGUGAUCAUGCCCUAUAUGUUUGUUGGCGAUGAAGCAUUCCCCCUCCGCACCGAUCUAAUCAAGCCAUUCCCCCACCGAAAUCUCGAUCAUGACCAGCGAAUUUUCAAUUAUCGUCUAUCAAGAGCAAGGCGCACAGUGGAGAACGCGUUUGGAAUUUUAGCCAACAGAUUGCGUGUCUUUCUGACAAACAUUGCACUUGAUCCUGACAAAGUGACAGCCAUUACACUUGCUGCACUUUCCAUCCACAAUUUCCUGCGAGAGAAAGGCUCAGAGGCCUAUGUCCCCCCAGCCUUUGUUGAUACUGAGGAUGAGAGCCACAGACUCGUCUCUGGAACAUGGCGAAGAGGUGGGGCAUUAAACUCUGUGGCAUUGAGCAGGGCACGAAAUGCCACAACCACUGCAAAAGAACAGCGUGACCAGCUUAAGGCGUAUUUCCAGUCACCUGCUGGAUCUGUGGAUUGGCAAGAAGAUAUGAUCUGA